AUGGUGGCAAGAAUGUCACUGACCCUACGGCAGUUGCAAAACAGUUUCAAUUCUUACUAUGCAACUGUUGCUGGAAAAUUAGUGAAGGAAAAAUUUGGAAAUCCACCUAAUACAACAUGGAAAGAACUUUCAUCUAUAGAAAUAAAUAAUAUAUCCAUGUUCCUCAGUCCAGAAAGCCCAACAGAGCUCCUAAAUACCAUUAAUUCACUGAAGAACAAGUAUUCAAUUGGUAUUGAUGAUAUUCCAGAUUAUAUUAUAAAAAAUAACAGUUUUUCGAAAAUCAUUGAAAAAGUAUUCCUUUCAAAACUAAUUACAUUCUUCAGCAUGAAUAAUAUUAUUUAUGGAUGUCAACAUGGCUUCAGACCACAGCGAUCAAUUGAAAAAGCCACUUUCAAUCUGAUAAACCAUGUCUUAAAUGCAGUGGACAACCACAGAAAUAUCUCAGGUUUAUUCUUGGACCUAACAAAAGCUUUUGAUGUGAUUGAUCAUUCUAUACUCCUGAGGAAGCUUGAAUGGUAUAGUAUAAGAGGUGUGCCAAAUCAGUGGAUUAAAUCAUAUUUGGAAUAUCACUCUCAGGUAACUGAAAUUAAGAACAUGGAAGGAAAUGAACUCCAGAAACACCUUUCACAACCAUUUGGACUAUGUCAUGGGAAUAAAGAAGAAAAUCUUACUGCAUCUGCAAAAGAUAUUACAAAAAGAGUGUCUGAAUGGUUUACCAGAAACAGGCUUAUAGUUAAUCCCCAAAAGAUGAUACUCAUGUAUUUCCACACUGAUCAAAAUAAAAAUCCGGUACAACCUUUAAUAUGUAUAGAUAACCAAAACAUUUGUGCUAUCAAUGAAACUAAAUUUCUUGGGAUUCAUAUCCACGAAAAUCUUAAAUGGAGCUCUUAUAUCACAUACCUAAAUUCAAAACUAGCAAAAAUAAGCUAUGUGGUAAGAAUUCUCUGCAACAAUACUAGUGCAGAAACAGUUAGGGCUGUAUACUUUGCUCAUGUAGAUUCAAUACUGAAGUACGGUAUCAUUUUCUGGGGAAAUGUACACCAGGCCACAACAAUUUUCAGGAAUCAAAAGGCAAUUAUAAGAAUAAUGAAAUGA